ACUCAAUCCAGUCAAUAAAAUUAAAACAGGAAGUAUUAUGCUCUGUGCGAAGAUGGCAAAAUGGAGUUAUGUAUUCGUAAAAGAGUGGUUGAUUGUUUUUAUGAUUUUCCUUCAUGGUUGUUCAGCGGUCAAUUUUUACAGAAAGGUUUGCCUGGAAACUCCAUUUGAUUUUGCAUGGGGAAAAAAAGCUUGUCGAUUUACAUUAGAAGACGCGAAAAGAUUGCUUAUACCAGGUGACUGUUUACAAAAAUGUGAAGUAAAGAUCAAUGGGUUAUAUGGAAAUGAGUACGAACUGGAAUCCUUGGUCCUUAGUUUCAAUGGUUUUGGAAAGAAUACGAAGACAAUAAACAUGUAUUGCAGCAAUGAAUAUAUAACGAAAAGUUUGAAAAUUAACUGCAGAACGGGCUUCGUAAAUGAAGACCUCUCACAGGAUUUGUGUACAUCAACUAAGGGGUGUGGUGAUGGAUCAAAAAUAUGUUCGGGAUUGCAAACUGAACAAAUAGGCGUUUGUCUAUGCCCAUCUGAAUAUUUAGGAAUCGGAAACAAAUGUUUUAAGAGAAACUUGAAACUGAACGACACAUGCCACCAUAAUGAACAGUGUACUGAGAUACCCGGUUCUGUUUGUGAGAACGAUACUUGUGCCUGUAAGCCUGGAUAUUCCCCACUGAAUGAUUCCGAAUGCAGGUUAUUACUUUCAGAUGGUUAUACUGAAGCAAGUAUUGGAGUCCAAAAAGAAAAUAACGCAGCCAGUGUGAUAGUUGGGUCCAUUUUUGGUGGCCUUAUCCUAGGAGUUAUAUUAACUGUUCUUACAGUUAACAUCUAUCAAAACAUACGAUACGGAAAAACUAAAACUGAAGAAAAAGAAUGCCGAGAGAUUGCUGUUUUUAACAACACUACUUAUGAGACUGAAACAGAUGCAUCUCUCAGAAUCCCUGCCGUUCAUCGAACUAAUGACUCAGAGAGAAAGGUUGUAAAUGUGCCACCAUUUGCUCAUUCUGUUGAAUUUCGAACACCAAAGAACGUGCAAGAAACCAAUAAGAGUUUGAUGGCGAAUAGAGACGUGAACGUUGAUGUUUACAAUCACCUGCAUGAAAAAGAGGAUUGCAAUGAAGAAAACUAUGACCACCUCCGUGGAAACCUUGAUCAUGAGAAUGAAGAGAGUGACUACAGCAAUCUCCAUGCGGGGGGAAGAUAUAUGGAACUCGAUGUUUCCGCAUCUGUUAAUGACGAUUAUUGUUCACUGAAAAAGCAGUAAAGGAAGAAAUUUUUCUGAAUCAAAGAACCUUUUGUACUAUUUUUUAAAAUCUUUUAUUUCACAUUUCCCAUGAAUACCCAUUUACAGUUAACCCGGGUAUUUAGGAAACCAACAUAAAAACAACAAAAAAAAAAACAAACUACAAAA